UCAAUGAACCCGUCUGAGCGCCGAGGAUAGCGGUGCAGCGCCGACAGAUGGAAAUCCCAGGCCGAAUGCGGUGUCUGUCGAAUCGGCGAGCGUGAGUCGGCAAGGCGAUGCUUCGGGAGUGGGCGCCGCUGACGGCGCUUCUGCAGCAGGUGCCGCAAAGAGUCCAACGCGGCCUCUUCUGGGAUGACCUGUGUCUCACCUGCAUUGACGUCCUGCCAGAGUUCAUCGCCAUUGGCACCGACCACGGCCUCGUCCUCUGGUAUGACCGCAGGACAGGACAUAUGGAGCGACUUAAAUGCGAGAAUUUGGUCGACUCGAUUACUUGUGUCCGAUUGGUGUCCACCGUCGACUUCUUGGUGGCCGCUGGGAGUGCCGCUGGAAUUGUCAGUAUUUUCAAAGUACCUCGAUUGCCCUCGCAGAUCAAACAAAUUGAACGUUACUGUGUCUCUGGACUGCACAGCAGCAAAAUCACAGCCCUGGAGUGGAGUCUCAACGGAAUGAAAUUGUUCAGUGGUGAUAUUAAUGGGUUGAUAGUUCUGACUAAGUUGGACUUUUACAUGCAUUUAAGCAAGUCUAUGGAAUUACUCGAUGAAAAAUUCUCAAUAGUGCAGCUGAGCUACUGCCACCAAAUUCUGCUAGUCUCUUCAAUGUUGCGGACUGUAAUCUGCAACCCUGACGACCCCCAGAACAUUUCACAAGUUGGGCAGAGAGAACGGAAAAGACUGGGCCAGCUGGGAGCCACUUUUUGUGCCUCACCCAAUGGCCUCCCAAAUCAAGAAGUGAUCUACACCGGUAGACCAGGAUUGAGAAUCUGGGUAGCUGACCGACAAGGAACUGUGCAGCAAACUCUCAUCUUCAAAGAUGCUUUGUUGAAUCCUCAAGUUCGAGUGCAACUUGUUAACCCCGCUCCACCUCAUAUUUUGCGCUCACGGAGCCUCUCAUUUCCUGAGGGAACUGGAAAUGAUCAGGAUGUGACUCAUCCUUUAGUCCAGCAGUUAGGUCGGCUGGUGGUUUACAAAGAGCACUUGCUGGUCACCUGCUCUGGCAACGACCUUUACGUCCUUGACCCUGAGUCAAUUACUGUGGUAGCUGUUGCCGACGAGCUCCGCAGCAUUCUCGACUUUGCAGUCACCAAAGACGAGAUUUUCGUCCUCGAAGGCAAACGCAGCUUGGUGCGACUUGCCUGCCACCCUGAGGUCAGUUCCUCGGGCCAGCAAAAGGGCUGCAGUGAACAGCCAGUUCUGUCACCUUCCGAGGCGCCGAUGGCCGCAACGGCCGUUUCAUCCAUCAAAGACUUCACCAACAAAAUACCAUUCCAUAAAAUACUUACCACUCUGUCAUCGCCAUUCCAAUCAGGACAGAAACAAAAAGAGGAAGCAGUUUUGGCCACCGAGGCGGUCGAACUGCCUCCGAUCGUGGCUCUUCCGCCAGACACGAAACUCAACUUGGCACUUUUGGAGAGCACCCCGAGGAAAUUGGAGCCCAUCGGCCAGCAGGAGUUCGAGGAGGUUUUGUACAAGGGACGCAGAAAGAAGAAAGUGCGCCACGUCCUACCACCUUCAGACACAGAAUCUGGGUCUGAGAGCUUCGGAGAUGAGCAUGAGGAUCUUUCCAGCAGAGUUUUGAGACUUUCGCCUGACGAUAUUUUGACUGGGCUGCCGUGCAGACCCUUGCCGCUGCCUGACCUAAGAAGUCCUGACUCUAUUGAAAGAGAUGUUGCUGACAAGGAGUCAAAAUUAGCUGAGGUAAUGCCAGUUUUGCGUGAUCUCCUUAACCCUGGAGGAGCAACAACACCUCAGGGUGAAAUUGUCAACAAAUCAGUCCACGGGAGCAAAGAAACAACUCCCGUCAGACCAUCAGUCCUACCCCUUGUGCGGAAGGAACGUUCUUUCUCCUCAAGUUCCAAGCAAAUGAGCUUGGAUUCGAGUACCUCUACUUUAUUGCCUGUCACUGGAAUCCACCCCCUGCAGCAGUCGUCAGCCACUGAAACUGUAGAACGCUGGGUUCAGUUCAGCCUCCUGGAGCCUGUUUCGAAUCUUUGGGUCAACAAGUGGUUCGUCUGCUGCAUUGGCCCUCACGGCUCGAUCAAGUUCAGCACCAGCUGCAACGGUGAACUAAAGUGGCGAGAAAGUGAGUGGCGCGCACAGGAGGUGCAAACCACCCCCAAUGGAAAGGUUGUGUGGAGGGUGCACAGAGGAGUGGCUUUCCGGGCAAAUUGUAGCCGAGAAAAUCCUUUCGUCGAGCAGAAUUGGGCGCAGGAGGUUCGAGGAGUCAAAGCUUUGGCUGUGACUGAAAGUGGAGCUGCCUGGGUUGUGACUGCUGACUGCUCACUUCAAUACCAUGGGGAAAACGGGGUCAUCAGCAUCCCUAGUGACUUUCCAGUGGCAAGGGUCACAUGUUCAGGAUACUCAAUCUGGGUUGUGUCUGCUGGUUGUGGCCAACUGUGGCAAAGGGCUUGCGUGUCCGAAGCCCAACCGUCCGGCACUCACUGGCUACGAAUCGCCACCCCAAACGGUGAACCAGUCCUUGCUGCGGCCCUGAGCAUGAAAACGGUGCCCAUGGGCUAUUUCACCAUUGGCUGGGUGCUCGAUAGACGCAACGCCCUUUACUUCUCUUUCGACGCCCUUGUUCACUCUGGAGAACUGCCUAAACAGGCGCCUUCGUGGUGGCAGGUGCUUGUCAAUGGAGGCUUGCCAAGACCUAUUUCAGAGGAUAAUAUUAAUGUCACUGGAGAGUUACUAGUUGCUGCAACGGACACUUCGAUUUGGGUAGCGACCAAGAAUUCUUCUUUGAUUCACAUGAAUAAUUCAGAAUUCAUGGGUCAUAAGUGGGACAUAGUUCAUCCUAUUGAACUAGCAGUGCGAUGGCAUGAAAUCUCAGCUGAAGGCUCUUGUGAUGGAGCUGGACAACUUUGGUACCUGAGCUCUCAAGGCGAUCUCUAUUGUUCAAGGCCAGAUUCGCAGCUUUUUUAUGCUGUUCCUCAAGCUAGCAGUAGAAAAAUUAUGUGCAUGUCCUCACUGUUGAACUCACUUUGGGUCCUGGACUUUGAGGGCCGAGUCUUGAUUAGGCAAGGUUUGAGUGAACAAAAUACUGCUGGUAGUGGCUGGAAGGAACUAGAUCUGGCCCAAAUAAAGUCCACUAAUCACUUUGACUUCAUUUCUUGUGGAAUCGACACAAUCUGGGCUUGUGAUACAAAUGGAUCUGUUUUCAUGACUGUUGGAUCGGCUCAUGCAUUGAAGGCCUGCGACUUUUCGCCGUGUUGGAUUCAAGUUGAGGACGAGCCAAAGAGUUCCGAGGACAUCCAUUUUCUAAAGGUUUUUGCUGGAUGCUCGACGUACAUGGUUUGGGCUCUGGACAAUAAAAACAACGUCUACGUCCGCGAAGCUGUGUUUCCUGAUUUCCCAUUAGGAUCACGAUGGGUGGUUGUACCAGGGGUGGAGGCAGUCAAUCUUACCCUCAGCGCCACCGGCGUUUGGGUUCUCACACCAACUGGAGAAAUUUACCGCAGAUGCGGCAUCAGCGAAGUCAAUUUUACUGGCGAUUACUGGAAGAAGCUGCCCGGGACAGCUACUUACAUAACUGUUUCGGCAGAUGAUAAGAUUUCAGCAAUUGACCAGGAAGGCAGGAUUAUUGUGCACAAUCAAAAAGUAUUUUCAUUCCUUCACGAGCCAAAGACAGCUGCCGCGGAUAGUGAUUGGGAGCUAGUUUGAAAUUAUUUUGACCUGAGAAUUUAUAGCUAAUGUUUUUAUUUGCUGCUGGAAGUAUUUUAUCUAUUUUUUAUCUUGAUAUAUAUUUAUGUUAGUAUUUUGCAUAUUAAGCCUUGAAUGUGCCACAUUCCCAGUAUAUAAAUAUUAUAAAUAUUUAAAAUAAUUGUAGAUCUGAUGCACCUAUCUUGGAAUAAAUAAGAGCAAUUUUU